UGUUAGAGACAAGCAACAUCUGACUGUGUAUUGAUGUUUACCACAUCUGUGAUGAAGUGGACUGUAUUGGUCAGUAUGUUGCACCUGGUGUUGGGGCAGAAUCUGUUACUAAAUGGAGAGAUCGAGUCGAUGACCCACUGGGACUGCUGUUGCUUCAAAUGCGAGUUGACCACUGUCCAUCAUCAAGGACAACAUGCUAUCAAGGUCACAGGAAGAACACAAGACUGGAAUGGUCCGUCCCAGACGUUGGUUAAUGUCAAGCCAAGUGGCCGGUACCGCGUCUCUGGAUAUGCAAAACUAUUAAAUGACCUCCCUAAUGAGAUCGGUCAGAAUAUCGGGAUGGACGUAGAGGUUACGUUUAAUGAUGGGAGGAAGACGUAUAUAUCGGCCGCUUUCAAUCCGCUGACCAGGGUCAGUGAUGGCUGGGUUCACGUCAAAGGAGAUUUCGACAUUCCGGCACAAGAUGUGAAGUCCAGUAGGUUGUACUGGCAGGGGCCUUCCCCCGGAGUCAACUUUGUCGUGGAUUCCAUCUCAUUGACGGAUCUAACAGAAAACACCAACUGGAGGGGCGAGUCGGAUGCAGUCAUUGACAGAGUCAGGAAGAGCGACAUCAACUUCAAGGUUACACUAUCUGGAGAUGUAAAGUCCGACGAUGUUGAAAUAGACGUCAUACAAACAAAGAAGGCCUUUCCGUUUGGCACUGCCGUGACGUGCAAAGACUACCUCAACGGUGACCAGAGGUAUCAGGAUUUCAUCAACAAACAUUUCAACUGGGGCGUGACACAGAACGCAAUCAAGUGGGACCUGAUGGAACAACAACAGGGUCAUAUAGAUUACGACACGCCGAUUAACGCAAUCAAGAAGCUCAGAUCAAAUGGGUUGAAGGUCCGCGCCCACAACAUCGUAUGGUCUGUGCCGCAGUUCGUCCCCCAGUGGGUUCGUCCCAUGACAGGGAAUACCUUGCGGCAGACUGUCCAUUACAGGGUUCAAGACAUCGUCAACAGAACCAAAGACCUGGUCGAACACUGGGACGUCAACAACGAGAACCUCCACGGCUUCUGGUUCCAGAACACUCUCAACGACAGAGACUACAACCUAGAAAUAUUCCGUAUCGCCCACCAAGCUGGUCCUAAAGUGAAGCUGUUCCUCAAUGACUACAACGUUGUUGCUGAUGGAGGGUUCACAAUGGCAUACAAGAAUCAAGCUAUUCGCUUUAAAAACGCUAACGUUGGACUGUAUGGAGUCGGUGUACAAUGUCACUUUGCUGACAAUGUCAAACCAGACCCAACGCUGAUCAAGGAGCAUCUGGACACCAUAGCCCAGGCUGGAGUACCUAUCUGGGUGACGGAGUUGGACGUGUAUCAGACAGACGAGAAGAUCCGGGCCGACUGGUACGAGACGGCUUUCAGGGCCUUUUACGGGCACCCUGCUGUCGAAGGGAUCAUGUUCUGGGGGUUCUGGAGCAAUAACCAUUACCGUGGAGAACCUGCUUCCCUCGUCACCGGCAGCUCCUUCAGGGUGAAUGCAGCCGGACAACGAUACCUGGACCUCACAGAGAAACAAUGGAUGACAAACGAGACUCACGCUUUGUCUCAGACUGGAAAUGCCUUCAAAGUCAGGGGUUUCCAUGGUGAUUAUGACGUGAUAGUGAAGGUCCGUGGCAAGGAAGUCCCGACCCUUAAGAAGACUUUCACCCUAGGAAAAUCGGCUCAUACUGUUAAUAUCAAUGUGCACCAAUAAAGUCGCCCUCUACAUGUA